CCUGAAAGCGCCACCCACGUGACCACGAGUCGUGCAGCUAGUAGCUGAUCCAGGAUCAGAGCAUCGCUGUUCCUCCGUGAGGCCGUGCGCGCGGAGCCUGCGUGUCACAGCUCCGUGGCCGCGGGUAGGAAAGUAAUGGGAGUGCAAUGGCGGCCCAGAUGAGGCUUAAUCAUUAACCGGCGCCUUUUAAUACAACUGUACGGCGCAGAUCUUGGGACUCGGAAAGCGCGACGUCUCAGGGCUGAACCCCGAGAUCCAGCUGCACGCACCGGCUUUCGCUCAUUCCCCACGCACCCACCGGAGGAUCACCACCAGCGUCAUGGCUUUGACCCGGGGCAUCGUUCGUCUGAGCGUCUGCCUGCAGUCCUCGUGCCGGGGCGCCGCGCUCCUCCACAGCGCGCGAGCGCCCUCGAACCCGGGCCGCGAGCGGGUCCUUCUGAGCAGCGUGCGGUUCCAGCAUUCCGUGCCGCAGUCCAACAAGUGCCAGUGGCAGCUGAGAGAGGACUGUCUUGAGCUGACGUACGGCGGCCUGGUGAUGCACUUCGACUAUGUGUGGCUGCGGGAUCACUGCCGCUCGGCCUCCUGCUACAACGCCAAAACCAACCAGCGCAACCUGGAUACGGCCGACGUGGCGCUCACCAUCCGGCCGAUCAAGACCAGGGUGGAUGAUGAGACGCUCUUUCUCACCUGGCCGGAUGGCCACAUUACACGGUACAACCUGGGCUGGCUGGCUCGGAAUAGCUACGAGGGGCAGAAGCAGAGUGCCAUGCAGCCCCGCAUACUGUGGAACUUGGACAUCUACACCAAUGCCAAUGUCCCUUCUGCCAGCUGGGAAGCAUUCAUGAACUGUGGUGAUGAGCUCAAGAAGUUCCUCCAUAACUUCCUGUUGUAUGGAAUCGCCUUCGUGGAAGGAGUUCCAGCCACAAUAGAGGACACCGAGGAUGUGACCCAAAGGGUCAGUCUCAUCAGAGAGACCAUGUAUGGUCGCAUGUGGAGCUUCACUUCGGACUUCUCCCGUGGAGACACAGCCUACACCAAACUGGCUCUGGAUCGUCAUACAGACACCUCCUACUUCCAGGAACCAUGUGGGAUACAGGUAUUCCACUGUCUGAGACACGAGGGAACGGGGGGCAGGACUCUGCUGGUAGAUGGCUUCCAUGCGGCUGACAAGGUGUUCAAACAGUCACCUGAGAACUUUGACUUGCUUGCACGUGUUCCCAUCAAGCAUGAGUACAUUGAGAACAUGAGCAACCACCGGAACCAUAUGAUAGGAAUCGGCCCAGUGCUCAAUGUGUACCCCUGGAACAACGAGGUCUACAUGAUCCGGUACAACAACUAUGACCGUGCCGUGAUAAACACGGUUCCCUACGAUGUGGUCCAGCGCUGGUAUGUCGCCCACAGAGAGCUUACCAUGGAGCUGAGGAGGCCUGAGAAUGAGCUCUGGGUCAAGCUGAAGCCUGGAAAGGUACUCUUUGUGGAUAACUGGCGGGUCCUCCAUGGGCGUGAGUCCUUCACAGGCCUGCGGCAGCUAUGCGGGUGUUACCUGACCCGAGACGAUGUGCUCAACACAGCUCGCUCCCUGGGCCUACAGGCCUGAGACAGGGAGGGGUUCAUCAGAUGCACCAAAGCCCCCGCCCCCAUAGUAGUGACCUAUAAACCCUGUGGAGAUGCCACUGCUGUACAUGAUUCUACUCAGUGACCAUCUGGAGCCUUGUCUUAAAUGCAGGGAUGUUAGUCUGCUCUCUUUAACCUGUAUUUUUCUAAAUCAGAGUAAAAUAGGGUAGGUUUAUUCUUGUUUACUGAAGUGUACUCCAUUAUGCUAUGUGGUGCAAUCAUAGUAAAUUCCAGUCUUGGUCUUUCCGCAUUUAGAAUAAGUGCUGGGACAUUGAACUUGUGCUGUUUUGUAGGACUUGUUUGGAAACCAUUGUCACACUUGACACUCACCUCCUUGUGCCUUACUUGUAAUAAGAUGAGCUCCUGCAUCUGUUCCUGUUGCUUGAAAGAAAAAGUUGUGUAGUACUUGUCUCAAGAGUGUAAUUUGCAACUGCAGCACAUUUAGAUGAGGGCUAAAAUGAAAUGCACUUUCCUGCAAUGCUGGACCUAAUGAUUUACGUAGUACCAAAUUCAUGGGGAGAAAUGUACAUACAAAUGUCAGUAUAAUCUCAGCAGUUGUUCCCUGUUUUGUGAUAUGAAAAUAAAAUGCAAA